AUGGCUACAACUCUGUCACCUGGUCAAUCGGCCGCCUUGUUUGACAUACUUUCGCACUAUGACACGUACCAGGAGAUCAGAGAUUUUCGAAAUGUCGGUAGUCUGGCGCAUUAUGGGCCGCCAUUUACCACACACGUCGGACAGCCAUCUACUGCUCCAGCACUCCAGACGCUUGUCACCAAGUAUCUGCUGACCCUUCCUGGGCUAAGGGAUCUGCCUGGAGACUGGUGGAAGGUACAAUGUCAUGACAUUAUCGAGAAUUUCGAGAAGUCCAACCUCAGCGAGAGCUAUGACAAAGGUUCCAUCGGCAGUCGGAAAACUCUGGCCACAGCCAUCUCAGCACUCAUCGAGUAUCCCGUUCGCGGCACAUUCGGUGGCUUUGCGGAAGUCAAGGACAGUGAUUCCCACUACGACAUCUCAAAGGCAGACGAUCUCGCCCGUGCUUUCCGAGACUUCAUGGACGGAUGCAUCUACGGGACUGCUCUGGAGGAGACAGUCAUGAAGGCUUCCGAAACAGAUGAUCUGAGCCAGCACAGCUCGCUGAUCAAAGGUGUACAUGAGUUUGUCCUCGUAAAUGUUGCAUCCUUGAUGCACUACACGCUUGUUCUAUCGCCCAAGGGGCAAUAUUUGCUCAAGCUGAUCGAAAAUGCCAACAAGCUGAUACCCUACCUGGUCAUUAGACAGACACUCAAGAUCGGCAAUGUCGCUUCCAUGAUCAGUGCGAUGAUGCGGGUUGUUCUGGCCAAGAUGAGCGUAACCAGUGUAACCAACUGGAUAGGCUUGACAUCAAAUGCCGACGAUGGAAUGAACUUGCUCCAACACAUUGUCUCAACAGUACUACAUUGGGACACGAGAGAGCUCGAUAGUCGGGCAAGUAAGAUCGAGAAGGAACGCGGCAAAAGUGCCAAGGAGCAGUUACAAAUCCUGAAGGAGUAUCCUUCCUUGCCGCGAGAAGAGCAGGAGCGAAUACGAAGCAAAAGUCAGAAGGAGUCCAUCUCCAUUGUGACUGCCAUCUUCAGAGCGAGGGACAUUGAGCAUACACUCAAUGAACACGAGCAUGAGAUAUCACUGGAAUAUCUCAGCAUACAACUCUCGAUCCGUGAUAGGCAGGAGAUCAUUCGAGUCUUGUGCCACACUAGUCCGGACUAUUUCACCAAGUCGAUACGAGAACUCGUCGAUGCUUACUAUCCUGUCAUAAGGGAUAUGCACAAUGCUAUCAACCUGUCGGGUACUAUCUCAGACAUGGAGUCAUUCAUCCGAGAUAUGAUCAAAGUCGGCAAGAUUCAGUCCGACAGCAAGGGCAACACCAUAAACCCUUCGGUGGGCGAUUUCGUGAUGCUCUUGCGUAAGCACCAGUUCUCGUGCCACACUUUCAUACAUCAAGCAUGCAAGAAUGGUCCCGAACUCGUCGACUGGUACUUGGGCUGGGCCAAAGGUGCCGCCGCUGAGUUCAAACGAGCAGAAGGUGCCAAGGACGAAGCUGGCCAUACUGAUGCUGGCAAGCUGAAUGCAGAGCUCAACAAGCUGUUCGAGAGCCUCACGAAGGAGCAGCAAAAGCAGAUCACUCCAGUGCUGGAUGCACAGAUCGAGUACUUGGACGAGAUGCACGCAUCCUCUAGGAGCCGACUGGAGGCAGUGCUGCAUUCGCAACCCUCGAACGAGAAACACAUUGCGAGCGUGCUUUCAGGCAUCAACAGCCGUCCAUCAAGUCGACCUGCAUCGAGAGCUCAAUCUCCCGCUCCACAAUCCCCCAAGGAACGCAAUGCUCAACCGACACAUAAGGAUCAUAGCCUGCCAACUCCGAAGGUAUCGUCAGGCGCGGGCCCGGGUGCUUUCCUGUCGCGGUGGCAAGACAUACUCGAUCACACGCCCAUCUCUCCUCUCACGUCCGAGGGCAAAGUGCAGAAAGCGAGCAGCACGGUUGUCGUCAAUGCAAGUACCAAAGACGUUGACGGUCAGACGCUGGUCGAGUAUGCCUCGAAAGAGGCCCCAGGCAACCAAGUCAAGCCGCGGGCGAAAAAGCCCGAUGCUCGCAUUAUUGUAGACUGCAUGGGCGUGGAGUUCAGACGCCUGCUUGCAGAGAAGAGCUGCUCAUGGUAG